AUCCACUCUUUAGCUCUCUCUCUAAUUCCAACCCCUUCUCUUCUUGUGCUCGUACUCUCGCUGUUGUUUGUAGCUUGAUGGCCCUGGAAGCACUGGACGUAACGCCAGCGCGGUCGCCGGCUUUGGUGUCGCAGUCAACUGUUAGUGAGGCGACGGCGGAGGAGGUGGCACCGCCGCCGCAGCUCGAGGCGUGGGCGAAGCGGAAGCGGUCGAAGCGUCAUCGCUUCGACGAUCACCGCCCGACUGAAGAGGAGUACCUGGCCCUCUGCCUCAUGAUGCUGGCCCGCGGCGAAGGUGGCCGAGCCGGAGCCAGUCACCGCCUCCCGACCCCCUCACCGCCGCCCUCGGUGGUGGAGGCGAGGCCGGAGUACAAGUGCUCGGUCUGCGGCAAGGCCUUCGGGUCCUACCAGGCCCUCGGCGGCCACAAAGCCAGCCACAGGAGGCCCCCGUCCUCCUCCUCCGGCGGCGGCGGAGGAGUAGGAGAGGAGGUGGUCUCCAGUGGCUCAGCCUCGUCGUCAGGAGGCGGGGGGAGGGUGCACGAGUGCUCGGUGUGCCACAAGACGUUCCCGACGGGGCAGGCUCUUGGGGGGCACAAGAGGCGCCACUACGAGGGCGGCGCCGCUGCCGGAGCCACGGGAAGAAGCGGGGUGACGACGUCGGAGGCGGCAACAUCGGGGCCAAGGGGGUUCGAUCUGAACCUGCCGCCGCUGCCGGAUCAGUUUGGACGCCAAGCUACUGCAAGUCGGUGUUUGGCGGCGGCGGAGGAGGAGGUGCAGAGCCCUCUGGCGCUGAAAAAGCCCCGGUACUUGAUUCCGGCUUAGAGAAAGGCGGCGGUAGCUGAAGAGACCAUGACCGUGUUUGUUUAGUUUUCUAUAUUUGCCUUUUUAUUUUGUUAAUGGUUGGAAUUAUAUAUAUUUGUUUAAUACAAAUUGGAAUUAUAUUGGAUGGUGUACAGAGAUUGCUUCUUCAUUGGGAAGUUUUAUAAAUAUUUUGCCGUUCGUUAGAGACAAAUUUUGUUCGAGAAUUAAGGUUAAUUAUUUUUAUUAAUAUGAAUGUUGACUUGGUCCUUCAUGUUGUUAGCUUGCGUUAUGAACUUAUAAUACUCCUGAGAAUGUGAAUUAAGACGUUGUAGGUUUUGGUGAGGGGAUGAGAAAAGAAGGUAAGAGGAGAGGGAGUGGUUCUUUGCGUACAUGCGCACUGCCGUGGAAAUCAGACAGUUACGGACGCAACUGCCGCAAAAGGUAACUUAUAAACCUGAAAAUAUAGCAAAAAUAUUUUACAAAAAAUAUUUUGCAGAAU